AACCAGCAUACGGCAAGAAGGUACUCGGGUAGUCUUGCGGCUGAGGGCAUCGUUCCAUUCUCAAGGCGCCGUCGAUCAACCAUGGCAGAACAGACCGAGAAGGCUUUCUUGAAGCAACCCAAGGUGUUUCUCAGCUCGAAGAAGUCGGGUAAGGGUAAGGCACCAGGGAAAGGAGGCAACCGUUAUUGGAAGAGCAUCGGAUUAGGGUUCAAAACUCCCCGCGAGGCGAUUGAAGGUACCUAUAUUGACAAGAAAUGUCCAUUCACCGGCACUGUGUCCAUCAGAGGCCGUAUCCUUGCUGGGACGUGCCACAGUGCCAAGAUGACUAGAACAAUUAUUGUUCGAAGGAACUACCUGCAUUGGGUGAAAAAGUAUCAAAGGUACGAAAAGAGGCAUUCAAACACUCCAGCCCACAUCUCCCCAUGUUUCCGUGUCAAAGAAGGCGAUCAUGUGAUCAUUGGCCAAUGCAGGCCACUGUCAAAGACGGUGAGAUUCAAUGUUCUAAAGGUGAAUCCAGCCGGUUCUUCUGGUCGUGGAAAGAAAGCCUUUACCGGGAUGUGAGUUUUGAAUUCUUGAAGUUUUGGAGAUGAAUUUUCAAUUUUCAAUUCGAACCAGUAGCACCUAUUUAUUACAUGUCUUGCAGAACUCUUUUGAGCAAUUUUCAUCUGAUGAAGAAUAUGCUUGAUAAACAACAUUUAUGUCGGAUUUUUCGCUCUCUUAUUACAAAGCCUUAGUAAUUUACAAAAAGUGGCGGCAUUAGUGAA